UGUAACGUCAUGAAGCACGCGAAUUUUCGUGAAUUUCUGCAUUUUCACGACGUCGUCACGAUUUCCCGGAUUUUUUUUCACGACGUCAUUUUAAAAAAUAUGGACGCCCAGAAGAAGAAAAGACGCUCAAACUGGGAUUCAUCAGAAAUUUCAUUGCUAAGACAGUUAGUGGAGAAAAACUUAUUCACUAUAAGGAGCAAAUUUUCUAACAGUUUGACAAAUAGAGCAAAAGUUGACGUUUGGAGAGAUAUUACGGUACAGAUUAAUGCACUGGGGUUACAUGGUAGGACGGUGGCAGAAGUGAAAGUCAAAUGGCAAAACAUGCAGUCAAAUGCAAAAAAGACAUAUCAUGAUGUUCAGAGACACACCCAUCAAACUGGUGGAGGACCACCAGCAACACCCAUCAACCAGGAAAGUCAAAAAAUCAUAGAAAUGAUGAAAGACACGUCAAGUUUUGUCGGUUUGACGGGAGAAGAAAGUCCUGUGGACAAAGUUGUGUGUGAUACAGCAAGAAAGCUACCAAUAAACACAGAUGUAGAAGAGAUCGACGAAGACCAAGCAAGCCAAUUCAACCAAUAA